GUUUGGGCACUUGGGGUUGGGUUGCAUUAUUUUAUUCAUAGUUAACUCCCCGUUCUCGGGCAACCCCACCCUCAGCUCCGUUGGAGCUACGUACCUUACAACACCCCCAACCCUCCAGGCCUCCACAGGCAGACCCCAGUCUCUCUCUCUCUCUCGUUUUGCGUUCUACGCAAGUAACGCAACGCACGCUCUCUGUUGCUGCUUCAACACUGUAAAACUACAACACAUACACAUCAAGAUAGGGGGAAAGAGAGAGAUGGGAGGGGCUUAUCAAAGGACGCUUUUUUCUGCAUUUUGCAGAAUCUAAGGUAGGAUUUUUCUUGGGGUUGUUGAGAAAAGAAGCAAAACAUUUUCAGUCCAAAUUCAUGGCAUUGCUUUCAUCUUGCCAUCUUUGUUGAUCGUUUAGACCAGCUGGAAGAGGGUAAGUGGGGCAUUCUGUAAAGGGUUGAAGAAAGUUUUCUGCCUACUGUGGUCUUCGGUUCGGUUCUCCAGUAGUCCACACCAUACUACUCUGGAAUCCUUUUUCUUCGACUUUCGAGGAUCUACAGGGAAUUGCAGUGGUUUUUUAGGCUUCUGGUGUAGUUGCUCACGCAAUGACAGGUACGACGUUUCGUCGGUGAUUGAUUAGUUUGAUACCUUUAAAAGGUUGUCACUGGGUCCGCGUGAAUUGAUUCUGUUGUUUGGUAAAAAGAUUGGAUUUAUGAACAAGUUUGUGAGGAGGAUAAAGGCUUUCUGAAGUGAAUUAGGGCAUUCUGGAGUGCCACUGUACAAGAGCUAUAUCUCUGUAGCACCACCGAGCUUGCUCUGAAAUGUUUUAGGCGCUUCAACUGAAAAUGUUUAGCAGAUUUUAUGCAACUGGGUAGCCUUAGAAGUUAGAAUUUUUAGGAUUCACUUGUUACAGAAGAGCUUUUGGAGGAACUUCCUUCGUAGAUCUCCUUACUUCACCGGAGUAAUGGACGAUACUUCAGGAAAAACGUCGUCCAGUCUAGCCAUUGCGGAGAAGCGGCCUCAGAGACCUGGUGGUUGCGUUGGCAUCUUCUUUCAGCUCUUCGAUUGGAACCGGAGGUUUGCAAAAAAGAAGCUAUUCUCCAAGAAGCUUCUUCCACCAGAUCGUGCAAAGCGGGUUUCUAAGAAGUUCACUGGAGAUGAGAAGCGGCCGAUGGCCAAGCUUCUACUGAUUGCUGAUGAAAAUCGUGGGGGUUUCCCUAGUGGGAACAAAUGUGAGGUUGACGGAUCUGAUGUUGAACGGAACAGUGAAACACGAUCGCCGGGGUUGAUCGCCAGGCUAAUGGGGCUGGAAUCCAUGCCUGCAGUGCGUAAAGAUAAGCCAAAGAAACCUAUAUUUUCUGAUCAUUCUCAUAAAGACUCAGAAAUUAAGUCAGCUAAUAAGUUUGAUGGUAGAACUUCCGAACUCUUUGGUUGCGAUCAAGAAGAUUUGUAUGCGGAGAAGGGUCUCUCGAAGCUGGAAACAAGGCCUCAGAAGCUUCAGAAGACAGGGUUGUUUGAUGGCCGGCCGGUGACUCGGUUUGGAGCCGAAGCACUGCAGUUCAAGAACGUUCUAUCCCGUUCUAAGAAGCAUCACCAGAAGCUUGCUUGUCCAGUGAAAAGUCCGAGGAGACUCUCUAGUAAGAAUGCAGCACGGCUAAUGGAAGCUGCUACAAAGAUUUUGGAACCUGGGUUGCAAGCUACCAAUAGAGCAAAGUUUGCUCUCACUUACUCUUCUUCUCUGCAUGCUACUCCAAAGGAUAAUGUCACAGUGGAAGGAACUUCAACUCUGUCACUGGACCAUUCUAAGCAUUUUGUCUGUGCUGCCAAGUCUUUGAAGGAUCACUUACCUUGCAAAAGUUGUGGUAAUUUGCUUAAUGUUGUGGGUUCUAAGUCAAGCGCGGAAUGCAUAACUUCAGAGUCCAGUAAUGCUUCUCCGGGGUCAGCAAGGACUAAACCAAAAUUGAUCAGUCAAUCUCUUGAGCAAGAGAGAGAUGUUAUGCAAAAUCAGUACCAGCCUAUGCCUGCAGCCCAGGCCAAAGUCAAUAUGUACACUCCGAGGGAAAAUACAAUGGAGAGAGAGUAUCCUUUUCGAGAAGAUCGGGUUCAGCAGCGCUUUCCAACUCAGCGAUGCAGGUCUCAAGAAGAUAUACAUUCUUCCACUACUAUCAAGCAGAGGUCUCAAGGACAAAAUCAGAUUCUGGUGCCCAAGGGUAGGUCUAAAUACACUAAUGUGCAGAGCAGAAGAUAUAUGUCUUCUGGUGAUGGUGUUAAUGGGCCCAAAGACUUUGUUGCAUUAAAUCGGAAUUCAAGCAGCCGCACCCAGCCAAGAAUGCACUCUAAAGUAGUGGAUAAUCUUAAAGUUGAUUCAAGGAGGUUUGCUUAUGACAAGCAAGAUGAUUCGUCGUCACGACUAAGGAGCCCAGUCCGAAAGAGGAGGCCAACAAAUGUUAUUGGUCAGGUUGAAAGUACUGGCAUCCAUAGUUCAUCCUAUGAAAAGCAAAGAACCAAUGGUAGAAAUGUAAUUGAGAAGAAAAGAAUAGGUCUUAGAGCGAGCCCAGUGAACCAGAAUCCUGUCAAGAGUGAACUUUCAAACAUAGAUGAAGAUAAUACAAAUGUUAGCGACCAGGACUCUGGUAUAGUUUCUUUCAUGUUUAGUUCCCCAAUGAGGCACUGUACUGGCUCUUCCUCCCCUGCAGAAAUUGAGACAAACAGUCUGAACAGAGGUCGAAAUGAGUUUAUGGGCAAUGAUACUUCUCAACAGAGAAAGAAAUUGUUUGGUGCAAGUGAUGGAAAUACUCCUUCUCAAAAGGCAAUGCAGUUAAAAGGAGACGCUUUGGGUGCAUUGCUGGAGCAAAAGCUGAGGGAACUGACAUGUCAAGAUGGGGAUGAGCUGAAUAUUAUGGGAAAAUCCACUGCUUCAAUUCUCCAAGAACUGAUAUCUGCCCUAACUGCAGAAAGGCCAGUUUCUCAGGAUGAAGAUUGCUCUUUGGUUAGAUUUGACAAGAACAGCUUGUGCAAGAUAAGUUCAGACCCUUCUGAAUCAAGCAUCUCACCAGCCCGUGGUGAGACGCUUGAUUCAAACAGGAAGUUCCAGGUAGUAGCAAAAGCUGCUCGAGUUUCAGUUGCCUUGCCCCUUUCUGGGGAUGGGGAACAUCAUAGUCCAGGGUCGGUACUUGAAGCAUCUUUCUCUAAUGAUAGUUGCCUCUCCGACAGUCUUGAUGAUUUCUCAGGAUGUAAGAUGCAUUUGGAGCCCAUAGAUUGCUUCUACGACCAACAUAAAACGUCAGGUGCUGAUGCUGAUCUUUUGGAUUCUGCAGCCUCAUUCUGCAGGAGUAGUGCUGGAAGUGAGAUGGUGACGAAUUCCAUCAGCUCCACUUCCAAAAUAUUAGACAGUUUAGGUCUUACUGAUGUUGGAUUAGAUGGAAACAAACUCGACCACUCCAGGGAGGUUAUAUUGAAUGCAGAAUUGUUGUUUGGAAAUGCUUCUCCAAUUAAUGGCAAGGAAGAGUUCAUUCUAGGCCCAAUUCUCCUUGAGGAAGUUCAGAUUCUUGUUGAUACAUGGUACAGAAGUUCUGACUGCAGACUGGGUCUCAUGGAAGCCAAAGAGAGGUACCAACUGAAUAAGUUCCUUUUUGACUGUCUGGUAGAGUGUUUGGACUCAAAGUAUGGCAACUACUGUAAAAUAGGGUUUAGAGUUUGGAAGAAAAUGCAAUUAGGAAUGAGGAGAGAGAGUUUGAGGAAGGAGGUUUUUGAGGAAAUUAGAAAGUGGACUGAUUUAGCUGGAAGAGACCUAGAUGAGAUAAUUGACUGGGAAAUGAGUCAUUCCUUGGGGAAAUGGAUGCAUUUUGAGGUUGAAGCAUUUGAGACGGGGGUUGAAAUAGAGCAGGACAUACUUAAGCUCCUGAUCAAUGAAUUGGUGAUUGACCUCUUGCCAUGCAGAGGAAGUUACUUUUCAAGUCUCGAGGAAGACAAUUUUAUUGACUACGUAGAAUUUUUGCAAUGCAGAGGGAGUUUGUGAGUGAAUCUUAGCCACAGUUUGACUCGUCGAAGUUACACAACUAAUCCAUUCCGCUCCCCCAAUCUGACAUCCCUUUUUGUUUGGUUUGGUGAAGCCAAGGAUUCUGGGUGUUUUUUUUGUAAUUAUGCAAACAAUUGUAGCCACAGGGUUAGCCAAGACACACCUCCCUGUCAAUUGAGGACAUUGAAAUAUUUGUACAAAUGGGUCAAUUCACAUGGAUAAAUUAAACUGCUAAUUCCUGGUC